GACACACCGGGAGGACAGUGCGCACUACACACCCGCGUCACUGGACUCUACAUGGAUGCGAAGCCCGGUCAACGCAGAUACAUGGGGAUACUUUAGCGGGAGCUGCAGCCUGAGACCUUGUGCAUGAGAACUGAGCAGCACUGAAGAACCUUGAAGAGCCAGAGAUCGAGCGCUGGCCUUCGUUUGACAGUGUGACCAGCGAGUGAGCCUUGUUCAUGCGUCUUCCUGCAUGCCACUCCCACAUCGCUAUGAACUGUGAGCAGGACUUCGCAGACGGGGGCUUGGGAGUGACCCUCACACUACGACUGCUCAUGCAUGGAAAGGAGGUUGGCAGCAUCAUAGGAAAGAAAGGAGAGACUGUGAAACGAAUACGAGAAGAGAGCAGCGCUCGGGUCAACAUCUCAGAGGGAUCCUGUCCUGAGAGGAUCAUCACCAUCACCGGCUCCACAGACAGCGUCUUCAGAGCUUUCACCAUGAUCACAUUUAAACUGGAGGAGGACCUCACUGCACUGGUAGCCAACGGCACCAUCAGCUCCAAGCCACCAGUCACCCUGCGGCUGGUCAUCCCUGCCAGCCAGUGUGGCUCUCUCAUCGGGAAGGGAGGGGCCAAGAUAAAGGAAAUCAGGGAGAGCACCGGGGCUCAGAUACAGGUGGCAGGGGAUUUACUGCCCAACUCCACUGAGCGAGGGGUGACGAUAUCUGGGAAUCAGGACUCAGUAAUCCAGUGUGUCAAGCUCAUCUGCACAGUAAUCCUGGAGUCUCCACCGAAGGGGGCCACCAUCCCCUAUCGACCGAGCCCCUCACCAGGCGCCCUCCUCAUCGCAGGGAACCAGGUGUUUGAGGCAUCUGAAUAUGCCCCCCACCCUAUGUACUCAGUCGCCCAAGGGGGCCUGGACCUCCAGCAGGACGCUCUCUUCCAGGCCUACACUUUGCAAAACCAAUACGGCAUUCCACACUCAGAGCUGGCCAAGCUACAUCAGCUGUCAAUGCAGCAAGGCCUGAGUCCUAUGGCCCAGCCGGCUUCGAAUAUCAUACCCGGGAUGGACACGAACUCUCACACGUCUCAGGAGCUGCUUAUUCCCAAUGACCUGAUCGGCUCCAUCAUCGGCCGUCAGGGCACCAAGAUCAACGAGAUCCGGCAGGUGUCAGGAGCGCAGAUCAAGAUCGGCAGCCAGCUGGACGGGACAAGUGACCGCCAUGUCACUAUCACAGGAACACCGGUCAACAUCAACCUGGCCCAGUACCUCAUUACCUCCUGUUUAGAGACAGCCAAAUCCACAGCCCAGGCAGCCACCAUGGCAUCUCCGGUCGACCUCAACAUGGCCUUCACCCAGCCAGCCUCCCCAGCUGCCUCCCCCACACCCUCCAUGGCCACGAUGGGCGGCCUGACCCCGGCUCAUAUGCUGGGCUCCCCGUACGGAGGCAUGCCCCUCUCCGGCCUGCUGGGGGUGAAGUCUAUCCCCUAUCUGACUCUGUCCAACCCUGCCCCCAACCCUGCAGCACCCUCCCACACCACCCUGGCCGCCUACACCGCCAAAAUCUCCUCCGCCAACUGCAUCAAAAAGCCAGAGAGACAGAAGUUCGCUCCCUACUGA